UUAAACAAAAUCAGAAAUAGACUGAAGUAACGUUCUUUAUAGCGAACUUGUGAAAACGGUUUAGUUAUGGCGUCAUCAGCCGAUGUCAAUAUCCUAAUGGAGAUGGGGUUUUCAAAAAACAAAGCGGAAAAGGCACUUGCAAAAACUAGAUACCAAGGAGUACAACUGGCAAUGGACUGGUUGUUUGCUCAUGAAGAUGAUCCCGAUAUCGAUGAACCAUUUGAAGCACCACAAGGACAUGUACUUGGAGCUGCCACAGUUGCCACGGUUGCCACGCCUCAAACAGACGGCAGUGGUGAUGUAAACAUGGAUGGUGUAGGUGAGCCUGAAGUGUCAGGGGAAACAGGAGAGACUGUACAGCAGGCAAAAUCUGUCAAAUGUGAUGAUUGUGGGAAGUUGCUCAAAGGAGAGAUGGAUGCCCAAGCACAUGCAGCCAGAACACAACAUUCUCAGUUCUCAGAGUCAGUAGAAGAAAUCAAACCAUUGACGGCUGAAGAAAAGGCAGAGCAAUUGCGAAAGUUACAGGAGAGAAUGAAGAAGAACAGACUUGAAAGAGAAGAGAAAGAAAAACAAGAUGCACUGGCAAGGGAAAUACAGAGGCGACAGUCUGGUAAAAUGAUUGUCAACACUAAACAAAAGAUAGAGGAAGCAGAGAUGAAAAAGAUCGCAGAACAGCGACAACGAGAGAAAAGAGAAGAUAUGGAAGCAAGACGGAAAGUGAAGGAAGCCAUAGAGCGUGAUAAGGCUGAGAGAGCAGCAAAGAAAAACAAACCAAAUGUGUCUCAGACAGCAGCUGCACAACCUACACCUGCUGCACCUGCGGAGAAAAAAACCUACAAUGAUUGUCAGCUCCAGAUUCGACUUCCAGGUGGAGACACCAUGAACCACACCUUUUCAGCCAAGGAGCCCCUAGCAGCUGUACGCUUAUACAUCGAAAUGAACAAACCAGAAUUUGGAGCUUUUAAUUUACGCCAAAAUUUUCCACCAAAAGUCUAUCAAGCAGAAGAUUAUGAAAAACCAUUAGACCAAUUGGGACUUGUACCAAGAGCUAAUCUACUGGUGGUGAAGAAGUGAAGCUGUGAUAUAUUUUUAGAUACCAACAUGACCCAGUACAUUUCCAAACUUACUCUCAUGGAAGAAGUGGCAGAUAUAACGCAUCAAUUGUGUAAAGGACUCUGACAUUUGUUCAAUGCUGAUAGUACUUUCUGUGAAAGUUGUUUUUAUGUUUAUCUAAAAAUUUAUAAAAUCCUUGUUUGUCACAACUGUGUCUGUACUAGCAGUAUGAUAACUGAACAUAUGUGUCUAAUAGUGUAUACAUCGACACAUGUAUAUCAUAAAUUAUACAUUAUACAUGUGUUUGUUGAACUGAGAGAAUCAUCCAUCAUAUGUGUCGAUGCCCAUGCGUAUUGCUGUGAUUGUGAACAAAUUAUGUAUUCAAGAAAAUGUGGCUUAUUUGGUCAUAAAUAAAAUGCUUCUUCUGUA